CCCUUCCCAUAUUUAGACUUAUCUUGGUUUUUAGGGUUUUUGAUUCAACAAAUUGAUUGCCAAAAAAUGGAAAGGUCGGGGGUUUCUGAUCAGCACACCGACUCAAGAUCCCCUUUUGAUUAUCAGAAACUAGAAGCUGAGACACCACGUUCAUGGAACGCCGGCGAUUUCGACCGGCGGUUCGCGUUUUCCCGCCAAACGUCCUUCAAUCGGCAGCCUGGUGAACAACCACCUCAUACGCCAGUAUCCAUAAUUUCUAGCGAUUAUUCUUCCAAAAGGCCUUUGCUUUCUCGUACUUCAUCUAAGAUUGAUAUACUUCCGCCGCCGAAGAGUUUUCCUCAGCAACGGGAAUAUGGAGGUGAUAGACUGUGGAUGGAAGAAGAUCCUUCUUCUUUCAGUAAAAGUGAAAGGUUUUCAAUUCCAGCGUUUGUUUUUUCCUUGUUUAAUGUUGUUAGAUCGGGUAACCGACCGAUGAAGAGAUUGGCUAUGCUUAUUUCACUUAACGUGGCUUGUUCGACGGCCGAAUUGCUUAUUGGCCUUAUAUCGGGUCGAGUAGGUUUGGUGUCCGAUGCAUUUCAUUUGACAUUUGGCUGUGGCCUUUUGACAUUUUCUUUAUUUGCAAUGACUGCUUCUCGGAGAAAACCUGAUCGAGUUUACACUUAUGGGUACAAAAGGCUAGAAGUUUUAUCUGCUUUCACCAACUCUCUAUUUCUUUUGUUUAUGUCAUUUUCCUUGGCCGUUGAAGCACUUCAUGCGUUUGUACAAGAUGAAUCUGAGCACAAGCAUUACUUGAUUGUUUCUGCUGUGACGAACCUUUUUGUGAAUCUAAUUGGCAUUUGGUUCUUCAGGAAUUAUGCUCGGAUUAGUCUUGUUUAUAGAAAUGCUGAAGAUAUGAACUACCACUCAGUUUGCUUGCAUGUUGUUGCUGAUUCCAUUCGUAGUGCAGGCUUGAUUCUGGCUUCUUGGCUAUUGAGCCUCGGGGUUGAGAAUGCUGAAGUUUUGUGUUUGGGACUAGUUUCAUUCACCGUAUUUAUGCUUGCUAUGCCACUUUUCAAAACAAGCGGUGGCAUCCUUCUUCAGGAGGCGCCGCCUAAUAUUCCGUCAUCAGCGUUGAGCAAAUGCUGGAGACAGGUGGCUUCUCUUGAAGAUGUUAUUGAAGUAUCUCAAGCUCAAUUCUGGGAAUUUGUGCCAGCUCACGUGGUCGGCUCAGUUUCACUACAGCUGUGGGCCUUCAUGAACAAUUGCUCUACUCUUUUGGGUCGAGGCCAUGUUUGCGUACAUCUCACCCCACCCUCAAAGACCUCACCUCCGGGUGGGAUAUACUCGGCGUGUUUUGGUUUGGACUGUGACAGGUCUUCGUACAUCCCAUCUCUCAUAGACAUCGCUCUCAAGUGGGAUAUACCAAGUUUGUUUUGGUUUGGUGAAAAAAGGGGUGGAUGAUGAACCCAUACUUGGUUUUGUGCGUGAUUUAUACCAUGAUUUAGGCAUACAAGAUUUCACCGCACAAUUGGACCCGGCAUGAGCCCAAGCCUGAGCUAUUGGAAACUCUUACACUGGUAGAUAUUUUGAACACCAGAGAAAAGGAAGUAUACAAGUAUGAGAGGGUAAGAAAUACCCGAGUAAAAGUCAUUUUUAUUAGCUUGGUUGAACAUUGUAAAGAUUUGAGGAGCUAGUUGAAUCGAGGCCAGUGUAUAUACUGUUCUAUCUUGUCUGAUGAGCUGGUUACUGGCCUUGGUUUUGCCUUUCGGUUUUUAGGUUUUGACAUUGGGUAUUGAACUUCGAUUUCUUCUUGUUUUAAUGAACACCAAUCUUGGAUCGUCUUCUCUGGGAUUGUGUUUUAUGCUUUCAUGGUUA